CAGCCUUGCACAGCCUUUCGUAUGCGUAUAGACGCAGUAAUACUCUGUAGCUGAGCAGUAGUUGAGGCUAUGCGGCUAUAGGUUCUGAGGCUAUACAAGCCUCUAGCGAUGACAUCAGCGUCUUGGCACUACGUUUUAAGAGCCUCCACACGUCAACUUGAUUCCCCCAACAACGCGUCGCCGCAGACGCACCUUCUCACAGAAUAUUCAGUUGUACAUAACACGCCUCUCGCCUCCAUUCUUGCUUCUUUUAUUGAGUCAAACACCAAAGGAACAUUCCCCUCCGGCAGCUGUAUUGACGCCGGUGACACAACACAUGGUAUGCAAUGCAGCCUCCAUUCCAACCUCAUCUCACCUGGCGGCGUCCAGACUGACCUGCUGCGCUUGGCUUCCUGGUCCACGCAGGCGUCGAUCCUCCGACAGAUUGUAGCUGGUCCGAGACUGCCGCACCCUGAAGCUGGGCUGGAUCUGUGUUAUGUUACUGAUAAUAUAAUCGCAACAUCCGGCCCCUCAACAAAUUAUCCCAAGAUCGCAUACAGAACCCCGCUUAAAGACCUCGUCAGCUUCCUCGACACCAAGCAUGCAGAGAACUGGGGUAUCUGGGAGUUCCGUGCUGAAGGCACUGGGUAUCCCGACUCAGAAGUAUAUGGGCGUAUCCACCACUUCCCGUUCCCCGAUCACCAUCCGCCGCCCUUUGCCCUGAUCCCCAAGGUUGUGGCUAGUAUGCGAAAUUGGCUGCACCGGCUGGAUGGAACUGGCUCCGAUGGAUUAAAAGAAAGAGGGGAGGAGCUGAAGAAAAAGGUUAACGGUAAAGAGUUCAAGCAAGGGCAGAGAGUUAUUGUUGUACACUGCAAGGCUGGGAAAGGCCGGAGUGGGACCAUGGCGUGCUCGUACCUGAUCAGCCAGGAGGGGUGGAAGAUGGAAGAUGCGUUGCAGCGGUUCACGGAGCGGCGAAUGAGGGUUGGGUUUGGCUCUGGGGUGAGUAUACCGAGUCAGCUGCGCUGGGUGCGGUAUGUUGACCGGUGGACGAAUGAGAUGGAUAAGAAGUAUGUCGAGCGUCCGGUUGAGAUUGUGGAGAUCCAUGUAUGGGGUUUGAGGGAUGGAGUGAAGGUUGCUGUGGAGGGUUUCGUCGAAGACGGGCAAAAGAUCAAACAGUUCCAUCUCUUCCACCGGAAUGAACGCAUCGUCAUGCCCGGUGAUGGCUCACAAACCGACAGCGGCAACGAGCUGAGCGAUGACGGAAACAGCAGCAGUACCGACAUCCUGAACAGGAAGAAGAAAUUCCAGACCAAAGCGAAAACCACGCCCAUGACCGCAACACCAGGCUCAACCCUCUCCAGCCCGCAAGAACCGAUGUCCGCCCAAUCCGAUCCUUCGACGUGGACAAAUAGUCUCGCUGCUAACAGUACUAAUCCCUCAUCAACCACAUCCACGACAACCCUUAGCGACCCCUCUCAAAAUCGAACGAUCACCCCUCCCAAGUCAACACCCUCCGAAGCACCGCAGAAACACACGACAGCCGUUCUUCUUCGACCUCACAGCCCCAUCAUCCUCCCAUCCUCCGACAUAAACAUUGACUUUGAACGCCGCAGCAAAGCAGCCACAUACACGGGGCUUGCAAUGGUCACAUCAGUCGCACACGUUUGGUUCAAUCCGUACUUUGAAGGCGGAGAUAAAUACGACUCCGGCGUGUUCGAGAUCGAAUGGGACGCCAUGGACGGGAUUAAAGGUACGAGCAGGAAAGGGAUGAAGGCGCUAGAUCGGCUCAAGGUGCUGUGGCGGUAUGCUGAGCCUGAGAGCGGAGAGGUUCGCGACGUCGACGAUAAAACGAGACCGGUUUCCAGCGGUGUAGUUACGGAGCCGAAGCCCGGUGAGGAGAUUCCCGAGACCAGGGUCUCGGAUUGGAGGCUCAGAAAGGAGGAGAUCGAGAGGGAGGCGGAUGAUAGUAGCGGGGAGGAAGGGGUGAAGCAUCAUGAGGAUGAGAAUGUUCCGAUGAGUGAUGCUACAAAGGGCUCGGGGAAUGGGAGGAAUAAGGAUACAGAUAAGGAUGUGGAAACGAAAUCUGUAUAGACGCCAUGGCUGAUAGAUAGUCUGGGCCCCGAGUCAAUGAUUACGAAAUAUGUAUACAUACAUGAGCAGCAUUAAUUGAAAAGCUUAGAAACAACGACCAUAAUUGAUACUACUAGACGCAUAUGUCUCUAAGCAGUUUCCAG